AUGGACCAUUAUCCUUCCCCCUCGACGCUGCCCCCCCAAUCGCCCCCGGCCGGGCAACCUAACGCGCUCUUCCGGCCCCGCCGAUCCGAUGACUGGCUGGAGUACCGCGAAACCAUCGAACAACUCUACCGCAGUGAUCAGCUUAAAUUACGAGAUGUGAAACGCAUCAUGGAGAGGGAAUAUAAAUUUGUCGCCUCAGAAAAGCAGUACAAAGAUCGACUUGCUGCAUGGAAUGUCCGAAAGAAUAUUAAAGCGGCCGAAGUACAAGUCAUGAUUCGCAAAAAGCAAAAGCGUGCCGCCCGAGGCAAGCAAACCGCCUUUCGGAGAGCCGGGCAAGAUGUCGACCCUAAAAAGUUCACUCGCUUCGUUCGUCGCUAUGGAACGCAGUGGGUGAAGAAUCGGGAUAAAGAUGCCGAAUUACAGAGUCCUGAACCGACAACAGAAACCCCGUCUGAUAUGUCAUGCUAUACCCCCGAACGAGAGGAGGAAUCCGCGACUCCCAUCUCACCACUAGAAGUGCAAUCUCCAACGAGGGAAACCCCUCCUUACCCAUUAAACUAUGAUCCUAACAACUUGGCCACCAUGCCCGACCUUGUCAUUGCCGGCGAUGACGACUCCUACGCAGUGAACAUGCAUUCGCAUUCGCACUCGCACUCCCAGCAUUCACACUCACAUUCCAACCCCCCUCGCCGGCCAUAUCACCCGUCAGAACUGGCCCGGCCACAGACCCACCACCCCUCCGUCCACUCCAUGCUCCACCCACCAUCCGGACGCACUUUGAACCCCAUCCAUCCCGUCCACACGCCUGUAACAGCUAUCCCGCCAAUCUCAAUCCCGUCAUCAACUUCAUCCUCUGUCCCUGCUUCUACCGCUACACCCGCACCUGUUCCGGCCAUCUUCCCUUCUCAACCUCAGCUUUCGCAUCGGGACGACAUGGAUGCACCGGGCGAGGUCGUUUCUAAUUUCCAGGGCUGGACUCCGUUGGAUAUAUUCCAGAGUCGCCUGGAAGGACUGCAGUAUGAAUUGGAUCGAUCCAUGUCCAAGUGGUCUCGGGAACAGGAUCCUAACCAUGAGAUCUCUGGUCACCACGAGGGCCUGGGACAGUGA